AUGAAGGCUGCUCUAAAGAUUGAUAUGGCUGAGCAGACAUGCCUUGCGAUUUAUAUCAACACGAGUCCUCAGCGCCAAGAGUCAUUCUACAACUUGCAAACCAAGGAGCCAAAGCUUGUGCCAAUCCAGGAUGUUGCUACUCAGUGGAACUCCACAUUCUUAAUGCUUGUACGUGCAAAGAAACUCCAGCAGACCUUCGAUGCGUUCUGCUCUCAGUACGACCAAGAGCACUUUGCCUUGAGUUAG